AGGACAGGACAUGGGGGUGGAGGCGAGGGAGAGAGCGGGUGUUGCUGAAGAAGCUGGGGAGGCAAGACGAGGGCGGCGUGGCGUUCCGUGGCCGCGGUGGCCGGAGGGGCGGCUCCACGUCGCGGUGUAUGAGGUGCCUAGAGGAGGAUGCCGCGGCAGGUUAAACUCCUCUCCCGUUGUAGAGCAGUCCGCAGUGUCGUCACCGUCGUCCUUGCCUUCGAGCCAUCCGUGACGCCGUCGCCGUCGCCUAGAGGACACCGGUAGGAAGCAGCAGCUCGCCGUUUCCUUGGUCCCCGCCGACGCCAAGCGAGAAGAGAAGGCACAUGUGCUGUAGGUGUAGCAAAUUGGACAAGCUACACCGCUAAUGCCGGGUGUAUGGAGCUCAGGAAGGCUAUCUGCAACAAGCUUCAGGAGGAUAAUGGUCUAACCUAUAGCCCAGAUCAUGUGCUAGCGACCAAUGGGGCUAAGCAAUGCACUACACACGCUGUUCUUGAUGUUCUCUCAUGUGGUGAUGAGGUCGGCACUGCUGUUGUCACCGGGCAGAAUGGCCGACUGGCCAUGGGCAGGCUCGGAGCCCUCUGCGAGCAGGUGAAGAAGCUUAAUUUCCAGGGGUAUGAGGUGAUUCUGUUCGCCUCCGGCGCCGUUGGCAUCGGGAGGCAGAGGCUCAAGUACCGAAAGCUCAUCAACAGCCAUGUUGUAGCGAGUUUUUUCUCACAGCAGUUUACUGACGGUCAUUGCCUCUGGUUAUCGUCACUGCUUGUGUGCUGA